AUGGUCUACUCAUCCCGCCUCUCGUUUCUCUUGGCGCUCGUUUGGUCUUUUGUGUUUGUGAAAGCACUACCAACGUGGCUGAUCGACGAGUACCCUCCGGACCUUAUUACGGUAGUGAACUAUGAAUCUUCCGGCGGCGAACUCUACCUCAAGUCGUCCGCGGCACCAGGAAUGGAGGGUGACUGUGUCAUUGAACGGAGCUGGUACACCCACCGUUACGCCAAAGAGGACGAGCGCUUCGCACCAAACUUUUUCAUUCGUGGAGGCGAAUUGUACUCCGUAACAAACAGCUCACACGUCAUGCGUGUCGUAGCCCUGCGUAUUCUCGACCAUGACACCGAACACUAUCACCCAGAAUACAAGGGCGAACAUGGACAGGAGCCCAUGACCACAAAGGGACCGUUUGUUCGCUACAAGCUACAACUUGUCGAUCCCCACAAGGCUAGGACCAACGCCGGUCCGGAUAUCAACAAAUACGCCCAUGGAACAUUCAGUUGGGGUGGACCCAUCCUCCUCUAUAGCUUUACACCAGAACAUGAGACAAAAUACAAGGGAUCGCUCUUCUAUGCGUGCUCGGAUGGUGGCAUCUAUGUCGAUGUGCACAACUUCCCCCCACCGUUGGGAUGUAAGCCUGUCACUCUACACGCGCGAAACGUCCUACGACUCCGUUGA